AUGUUUUACUUUAUCCCACCCCCCCUCACCCAGCAGGCGAAAGAGCAGGAAUCGGAACCUGACGCAGGAACUGCUCCCAGCGAUGCUGAUGCCGAUGCUGAUGCUCAUGCUCAUGCUGAUGCCUUCGAUUCGACUCAAUUCUGCAUGCUCGAGGUUCGAGUGGCGAUUCUCCGUGGAGUUCGCCAUCUAUCUCAUGGCGCGGCAGCAUGCGGGUGCAAGCAGCAACGCACACAGCAAAUGUGCACCACAAUUGCCUUGGUUUGGCAGUUCCCUCAGCGAGCCCCCCGACGGAUACGAUCGCCAGCUCUGCGAAUUGCAGUUUGCGGAGGCAGCGCGAGCGCUCAAGUGAAGCAAAGACGACGACGAGGCUUCCUGCAGUAUAAAAUGAUUAGAUUAGAGCCUGUCGGUCGAGCCUGGCUGGAUCCGGCGGACAGCGAGUCCGAGGCCGAGUCGGCAGCAGCGGGCAUCUCAUUCGCGGGGGGGGGAGGGACCGCCCCCAAGGCCCGAGCCUGGCACGAUUCCAGCGACAGUCGGCGACCGCCAGCAGCCAGCAGCCAGCCUGCCAGCGAGAGUCGAUCAGGCUGGCUGGUGAUCUGGUCUCUGGCCCUCUCUGGAGGCGUCGCCGUCCAAGACGAGCCAGAAGGGCAGAUGCUAGGUCCCGAUCGGGGGUGCUGA